UUAUUAAAUGUGCUAUAAUUGGUUGAGUAAGCAGAGCUUUUGAAACAGAACUAGCAAAUUCAACUUCAUUUCAUAAUGGAUUAUCAUUAGCAAGGCAUGAGUUUAUAUGACUGGUUAAUUAAGUAGAACAAGUAUAAUGUCUUAGGCUGAAUAAAAUUCAAUAUUUUUUAUUCAUCAAACCAUAAUCCCACAUUGUGAAUAUAAGUUAUCAUAAUUUUCCCUUCCAUUUUUCCCCAUCUCCUUUCUUCCUUCUCACCUUCCAUGUCCACCCCAAACACAACCUGAGUUCCAAAAGGAAAGCACAGCCUCAUCCAGCUGAAAUGAAUACAUCAUAUCACUACAAAAACCCCAAACUAUGGUUCCCUGACCCCUAGAACAGUGUUCUAUCCCUACCACACUGCUUUGUGUAGCAAGUACAAGAUGCAACCCAUAAUUACAGAUUCAAGCUUAAUUUAGGCUGCACUUGAUUUAUUAGUAUGAGAUUCAGUGGUGUCUACUGACAAGAUGAAGAUUUGUGAAUAAAACACAUUUCAAUAUCAAAUAGAAAAUAGUUUCGCUUACCUGCCAUUGACCCUUGAACAACAUGGGUUUGAACUGUAUGGGUCUACUUGUAUGUGGAUUUUUUUCAAUAAAUAUACAGUUGGCCCUUUGUAUCCCCAGGUUUUGCAUCUGUGAAUUCAAUCAACCACAGAUCAAUAUUUUUCAUCCAUGGUUGGGAAUCUGCAGAUGUGGAGGGCUAACUAUAUGCAUUAUUCUAUACCAUUUUUAAAAAGGGACUGAAGCACCCGUGGAUUUUGAUAUCCAUGGGCAUCUUGGAACCAAUCCCCUGCAGACACUGAGAGAUGACUGAGUUUGGGGGGAGUCAAAAUUUAUAAAUGGAUUUUUGACCACUCAGGGGUCAGCCCUCUAACUCCCACAUUGCUUAAAGGUCAACUGUAUACCUAUAUAUAUUACAGAUGCCAGAUUUGCCUGACAUACCCUAAUGUGGCAAAUUGUGACCAAAGGGAAAAUACUACAGUCCAGUCCAAUGACAUCAUUCUACAACUUUAAGAAAUGAGUCUCAAACUUGGAGUCCACCUCAGGAUUGGUUACACUGUUCCAGGCUGUGCUGGUGAAGAAUCAUGGAAGGGGUGCCAGACCCUUAUGGAGCAGGCAAGAAGAGCAAAGAUGGGAGUACAGUUAGGAAAUGUGUUGUGCUAGGCCCCAAAUCUCUCUAGGCCCCAAACAGGAAAUACAGUUAAAGAUGAGGUUCUCUUGGUGAACUUGGACCUGGGGAUCCAAAAAUCUCAGAGAUCUGAGAGGGCACAGGAGGGCUUUUUUCACUCCUGCAUCCUUCCCAACAUUAAUGAGAUCGGUUCUUUCUGUACUAUCACCCUCAUCCUAUCUGAUAGUGCUCUCUCUAUCUGAAGGAGGCCCCUCUCUGCCUUCCCUGGGUUACUUCUAGCUCAAAAAUUACUUCUUCUGAGAAGUCCUGGCAUGGGCGAGACACACUUACUGCAGUUUCCAUAGCACCAGACAGAGCUCUGUCAUGAAACCAGUCCUCUUGCUCUGUGAGCGUCUGCCACCAGUCUACCUCCCUGACUGUGAGGUCCUUGUGCGCAACAGUCAAAUCUAAUUUGUUUAUAUCUCCCCAGCACCAAACAUUGGGUCUGGCAAGUAGUAGACAGUUGCUGAAUACACAAACAUGUAUGAGUGAUACAACUCUUAUUCCUUCACCUUUAAAAAGAACAGUAAUUUUAAUGCAAUCAUGGCACUCAUAAUUACUGCUAUAAGCAAAUUAGAAAAAUAAUAUUUUUAAAACAAAAUAAGAACAAAGGAAUCAAGGCAAAUUUUUAAAUUAAAGCAAAGGUUUAUUUAUUUAUGCAUAUUCAAAUCAAGCAAAAUAUUGAUGUGUUCACCUUCACUGGAAUGACAACUUACCACUAUAUGCCCAUCCAGCUGCAAAAAGGGGUGUGCUUAAAAGUUGAAUUCCCUUUAAUUUGCUAAUCUAAACUAAGUCACAUUUGCCCACAUGAAUUUGUUGGGAAAAAUUAAACCAACCCUGUAAUAAUUUAUACUUUUAUCUUUGUACUCUGCUGGGCUGAUUUCUCUGGAUAUAUCUGCCUGGAUGAUCUAGACAUUUAAAAGCACAAGUCUAAAGUCUGGUGAUUUAUCUUCCUUUCUGAUCCAACAUCUGCAGUGGAAUUGCCGCCAAGAUGCAGAUUUUCAUGAAAACCCUCACGGGGAAGAUCAUCACUCCCGAAGUUGAACCCUCAGAUACAACAGGAAAUGUAAAGGCCAAGAUCCAGGGUAAGGAAAGAACUCCUCCUGAGCGGCAAAGACUGAUCUUUGCUGGCAAGCAACUGGAAGACGGACGUACUUUGACUACAACAUUCAAAAGGAGUCCAACUCUUCAUCUUGUGCUGAAACUUCGUGGUGGUGCUAAGAAAAGGAAGAAGCCUUACUCCACUCCCAAGAAGAAUCAGCAUAAGAGAAAGAAGGUUAAGCUGGCUGUCCCAAACUACUACAAAGUGAAUGAAAAUGGCAAAAUGAGUUGCCUUCUUUGGGAGUGCCCUUCAUAUGAAUGUGGCGCUGGAGUUUUGUGGCCAGCCACUUUGACAGAUGUUGUUGUGGCAACUGUUGCCUGACCUACUGCUUCAACAAACCUGAAGACAAGUAAUUGUACACAGGUUAAUAAAAAACAAGAAUUAAAAAUUAAAAAAAUAAAUAAACGAAGUCUGGUGAUUUAUUCCUUUCCAUGUGAUGCUACUGCUUCUCCAGCACUCAGCUUCAGGAAGACAUUAUACAUUUUCAAAUAUUAAAUUAUUUGACAAUGACGAAGUGAACUUAGGAUGGCAUUACAUACAUGCAUUUUUUAAUGGAAUUUGUUGUUUGAGAUUACAAAUCUGCCCCUCCGUUUGAAUGAAAAGUACCUGAUUAUGAAAUGAGCUUAAGGAUGCUGAUAGAUUUAAUACCUAAUACCAGUUUAGGGAAAGCAAUGAAAGCCAGCCUCAAAGAUCAGGGGAGCAUUUUGAUGAAACAUCAGGGGUUUAGUUAUGGUAAAUAAAUAUUUAUUGACUACUUGGGGUGAACAAUCAACACACUGUGUUCUGUUUAAGAUAUAAAAGAAACUUUUCACUCUCUCAUUAGAUUUCAGUUAUUUUAUCUUUAGUUACAAUAGUCAUGAUUAGGGGGAUUAACUCUAACCUAUGUCCAGAUCUCCAGUCAGAAAACUGGGCUUUCUGAAGUGGCUACAGAUUUUAAUAAUGAAUGCCAUAAAAUAAAUAAUAACCACUACUCACUUUUUAAACAUGCGUCUCCAAAUUUAUACUGAGGUUCAUAAGAGGCCAUGAAUAAUUAAUUUAUGAUGAAAGACAGUGGAAAGUAAAUCUAUUUGUUCAAAAAUCUUAAGUAGAUUUUUGUGUGUUGUGGUUUAUAGUAACAGACAGAUACCUACCAUUAUGAUAAUAAAAUUAAUUUUGAAAAAAAUCCGAGCUCAUUAAGAAUAAAAAACCUGCAAAAGCAAUUUUCCAGCAUAUCUGAAUUAUAAGAGAUCCAUCCCUGCCUUCUUAGUCUUAUAAUGAUUCUCUAAUGAUUCUAGGAAUCUCUGUAGAAAGCUCAUUUUCGCUAAUAGUAUCUAAUAGAAGUUACUCCCUACUCAUCAUGUUCUUUAUUUCAAGGCUUUCAAGAUCAACUGCAUGGGAAUAGAUUACAUUAUUGGAUGCAUCCCAGUUUCCAAGACACAUCAAUUUCCAAAUGCUUACUGCUA